UAAAGAAAAAAGACAAAAUCUGCCUAACGUGCGCUCUUUUUGGCGCGUGAUUUAGACAGUUAAUUCGGGUAACCAAAAUAACCGUUGUCCAAUUAUUUCCUUCUCAUCGUCCAAUUCUAAACAAAACCUUAAAACAACCAAAAAAAACUGUUGUCCUCUCUCUUUCAUUCUUUCUGUUUAAUGAUCUCCUCCAAUUAAAACAAACUCUAAUUCUUCAACAAAGAAUCACACAAUAAACCAAACCCCUUUGAAACAGAAGGGGGGAUUCUUUUUUUUUUUUUUUUUUUUUAAAAAGCCCAAAAAUGGUAUUAAUGAAUAAAUGUUUGUGUCGGAAAUAAGAAGAAGGUUAAUUAUUGAGGGUUUGCAUGCUAGUAUUAGUGAUGCAGACCGAAGAAGAUGAUGGUAGUCCUAAAGUUUCAUUAAAAAGGAAUGGAUCAUUUAUUUGUGUAGCAGCACCAUUCUUGUAUGAUAAAUUACCUGAGGAACCGCUUAAGCUUACCAUCCUAAAAUUGGAUGGCUCUUCUUUCGAUAUUGAAGUGGCUAGAAAUGGGAGCGUGGAAGAUCUCAAACGCGCAGUGGUAGAGUCCUUCAGCCAUUGCAAGGUUUCAUGGUUACAUGUAUGGGGACAUUUUUGCCUGAGUUAUUGCGGACAGAAGCUACUUACAGAUGAUGAUUUGAUAGGAACAUACGGGAUCAAGGAUGGCGAUGAGCUUAGUUUUGUGAGACAUGUAUCCGUUGGUUACAAUCCGGAAAAGAAGCAGUCAGAAGGGGAGGACCAUCAGUUUGAUGAACCCAGAGUGUCCAAUGUCUUUGAUGAAGAAGAGCUGAAAGGUGAAGAAGAGGAUAAUGAUUCAGAGAAUGAUGAAGACAGCAAUUCUGAGGAUGAGAGUAAUGGGGGUGUUCUUGGCAGUUGCCAAUACAGGUUGUUUCAUUUAUUUAGAGGAUUGUUCUCGUACCAGAAACUGGCGAACGCAGAAAGGAGAGUGGAACAGAAGUCAGAGUAAUGCAUCAAGAUCACCCCAUGGUUACUUAGGGAGUUCCAAAAAUUUGUUGUGCACUGCACAAUAAUAAGUACUUAUAACUUUCAAAGAGAGGUGGAAACAAAACCAGCACAUUUUGCAGUCUAGGAUAUGAAUCAAGUUGAACAUCUACUGUAAUCAACUCUGAUCGGAGCUCUAGACUUGUCACCUUUCAAUAAUUUCAAUGGGCCAAGCUGCUUUUGUAGAGAAAGUGAUAUCAACGCUAUUGACUCUAUGAUUACCUUUUUCCGAAUGACACAAUCAUUUGAGGCUCUGUCAGCGUUGAGAGCAAGUCUUUAUAAGCUAGAGCAGCAAGAUAGCUUGUUAAAUUGCUUACAAUGGUUUUGUACUAGAAACCUCAUGCAUGGUGUGCAGGUUUGCAAACAUCUGGUUAUUGUCUAAAAGGAUCUUCCUGGGCAUGACCGUUGUUCA